UGUGAAGACUGACGAAGUCACGGAUUAAAUCGAGUUUAAUGAAGACCAUCGUAAGUGAAGGACAAAGACAUAAGUUAACACGUUAAAAGAAUAAGCACAUGUUUGUCUACGUCAGGACUCUUCUUCAGGUCAGGCUAUAUGAUUUCCAAUUUUCCAUACGCUGCCUGCUCAUUAUAUAAACCUCACGUUUUAAUCUGUAACUGGACACAUUACACACCUAAAAUAACUAAUAAAGACACCAACACAGAGACACAAGAAAAUGAAUAUAAAUUUGUGGUUGGUUGCUUUGUUUCUGGUUCUCUCUUUGGUAAUUUCAUCUUAUGCAGCUUCAACUCAACCAUACCAAUUCCGGAAACUUUUGCGAUCUGUAGCAUCACCUAGUAAAUCAAGAUCCGGCGGCGGUGGAUCUUAG